ACAUAUCAUGCACUCCACAUUUCUCCGAGGUUUGAGCUGCCUAAUCUGGUGUUGAGAUGGCUCAGCUGGCAGGUGCAGAUGAGAUAGAGUCUCUGAGAAUUGAGUUAGCAGAGAUUGGAAGGAGUAUAAGGUCCUCAUUUAGAAGUAAUGCAUCCAGUUUCCGGAGCAUUUCAAGCAUCAUUCAUGUGCAAGAAGAUGAUGUUGAUGAAGGAGAUGCCUUACAAUGGGCUGAAAUCCAGAGGCUGCCCACUUCUGAGAGGGUCACUUCAGCUUUGUUUGAUGCACCUGAUGGCAUGGAAACAGGUGGAAAAACUAAAGGGAAACAGGUGGUUGAUGUCAGCAAGCUUGGAGCUCAAGAAAGGCAUAUGUUCAUAGAGAAGCUUUUCAAGCACAUUGAAAAUGAUAAUCUUCGAUUGUUACAGAAACUCAGGAAAAGAAUUGACAAAGUUGGUAUUAAGUUGCCCACAGUGGAAGUGAGGUAUCAAAAUCUUAGUGUUGAAGCAGAGUGCAAGGUAGUUCAGGGCAAGCCCGUACCUACUUUGUGGAACACCCUAAAGGACUUGAUCUUUGACAUGACAAGAUUAUCAGUUCUGAAAUCUCAAAAUUCCAAGAUAAGCAUCAUCAAAGAUGCCAAUGGAAUUAUAAAGCCUGGAAGGAUGACCUUAUUGCUUGGCCCUCCAGCAAGUGGUAAAACAACAUUAUUAUUGGCAUUGGCAGGAAAACUUAGCCAUUCUCUCCAGGUUCAUGGGGACAUUUCUUGCAAUGGACACAUGCUAGAAGAAUUUAUUCCCCAGAAAUCCUCAGCAUAUGUAAGCCAAUAUGAUUUGCAUAUUCCAGAGAUGACUGUGAGGGAAACACUCGAUUUCUCAGCACGUUGUCAGGGUGUAGGAAGCCGAGCUGAACUCCUGAUGGAAGUCAGUAGAAGGGAGAAAGAGGCAGGGAUAGUACCAGAUCCUGAUUUAGAUGCAUAUAUGAAGGCAACAUCAGUUAAUGGACUGAAGAGCACCCUUCAAACGGACUAUAUCUUAAAGAUCCUUGGUCUUGAUAUAUGUGCCGAUACGUUGGUUGGAGAUCCUAUUCGAAGAGGUAUAUCAGGCGGUCAAAAGAAAAGAUUAACUACAGGAGAGAUGAUGGUUGGACCAAUGAAAGCUCUAUUUAUGGAUGAAAUAUCCAAUGGUUUAGACAGCUCCACUACUUUCCAGAUAAUAUCUUGCCUUCAGCAUCUGGUUCAUAUCACAGAUGUCACUGCAUUAAUUUCACUUCUUCAGCCAGCACCGGAGACCUUUGAUCUCUUUGAUGAUGUUGUCUUAAUGGCAGAAGGGAAAAUUGUGUACCAUGGCCCACGUGAUUAUGUACUUGUGUUCUUUGAGGACUGUGGGUUCAUAUGCCCACAGAGAAAAGGCACAGCUGACUUUCUUCAAGAAGUUAUAUCAAAAAAAGACCAAGCACAGUAUUGGAGCAGGACAGGAGAACAUUACAGUUAUGUUUCUGUUGACCAGUUCAUUAAGAAAUUUAAGGAUUGUCCUUAUGGUCAAAAGCUUCAGGAGGAGCUCUUGAAGCCAUUUGAUAAGUCUCAGAAUCACAAGAAUGCUCUCAUGUUUACAAAGUACUCAUUAACAAAAUGGGAAUUAUUUAAGGCUUGCAUGAUGAGGGAACUUCUUCUAAUGAGAAGAAACUCAUUUGUCUAUGUAUUCAAGUCUGUACAGCUUUUCAUUAUUGCCUGUAUAGCAAUGACUGUUUUCAUACGAACACGAAUGAAGGUUGAUGUGCUCCAUGGGAAUUAUUUUAUGGGUUCACUGUUCUAUUCACUCAUCAUUCUUCUGGUUGAUGGAUUUCCAGAACUAUCUAUGACUGUAUCAAGAAUUUCAGUUUUUUACAAACAGAAAGAGUUGUGUUUUUUUCCUGCAUGGGCUUAUACAAUCCCAUCUGCUAUUUUAAAGAUUCCACUUUCACUAUUGGAAUCUUUCAUUUGGACAGCACUUUCUUAUUAUGUCAUUGGUUACAGCCCUGAUAUUGGCAGGUUCUUUCGCCAGUUCCUUCUCCUAUUUGUCAUACACAUGACUUCAGUAUCCAUGUUUCGAUUCAUUGCCUCAGUUUUUCAAACUGUGGUUGCUUCUACGAUAGCUGGUACCGUGACCAUACUAACUGUUUUACUAUUUGGUGGCUUCAUCAUUCCAAAACCAUAUAUGCCAUCUUGGUUGCGGUGGGGAUUUUGGGUUUCUCCUUUGGCAUAUGGAGAAAUAGGCUUAACUGUGAAUGAAUUUCUUGCUCCUAGGUGGGAAAAGGUGUCUGCGAACUCAACAAUGGGUCAACAAGUACUUGAAAGCCGGGGGCUAAACUUUGAUGGUUACUUUUAUUGGAUAUCAACUGGUGCCUUGAUUGGGUUCACAUUGCUGUUUAAUGCAGGUUUUACCUUGUUAUUGACUUUCUUGAAAGCUCCUGCAAGGUCUCGCACUCUUAUAUCUUACGACAAGCAUUCAGAGUUACAAGGGAACAAAAAAAUCGAUGGUAGCUUUGGUGCGGAUAAGAAACCUGCUCGUUCUCUGACUGAAAGUACUGUAGAAACCAUAAAAGGAGGAUUGGUCCUACCUUUCCAGCCACUAACCUUAGCAUUUCGUGAUGUGCAGUACUAUGUUGAUACCCCUUUGGAAAUGAGAAACAGGGGUUUUACUCAGAAAAAGCUUCAACUCCUUUCUGACAUCACAGGCUCAUUCAGACCAGGCAUACUAACAGCAUUGAUGGGAGUCAGUGGAGCAGGGAAAACAACUUUAAUGGACGUUCUAUGCGGAAGAAAAACUGGUGGUAUUAUAGAAGGAGAGAUUAAAAUUGGUGGCUACCCAAAGGUUCAGGAAACAUUUGCUAGAGUAUCAGGUUACUGUGAACAAAAUGACAUACAUUCUUCAAAUAUAACAGUAGAAGAAUCUGUUAUGUUUUCUGCCUGGCUUCGGCUUCCUUCUCAGAUCGAUGCAAAAACUAAAGCUGAAUUUGUAAAUGAAGUCCUUCAUACUAUUGAACUUGAUGAGAUCAAAGAUUCUUUAGUAGGCAUGCCGAAUAUUAGUGGUUUAUCAACUGAGCAAAGAAAACGCCUGACCAUAGCCACUGAGCUUGUUGCUAAUCCGUCAAUCAUAUUUCUGGAUGAACCGACUUCAGGUCUAGAUGCAAGGGCAGCUGCAGUUGUGAUGAGAGCAGUGAAGAAUGUAGUUGGAACCGGAAGAACUGUUACAUGCACUAUUCACCAACCAAGUAUUGAUAUAUUUGAGGCAUUUGAUGAGGUGAUUCUUAUGAAAACUGGAGGACAAAUAAUCUACUCUGGCCCACUUGGAGAGCACUCAAGUAGAGUCAUUGAGUACUUUGAGAGUAUACCAGGAGUACCAAAGAUUAAAGACAACUAUAAUCCAUCAACUUGGAUGCUAGAAGUUACUUCAAGGUCUGCAGAAACUGAACUUGGAGUAGAUUUUGCCCAAAUUUAUAGGGAGUCAACCUUAUAUAAACAGAACAAAGAGUUAGUUGAGGAAUUAAGUUCACCACUUCCGAAGUCCAAAGAUUUGUAUUUUCCAUCUCAUUUUCCACAAAAUAGUUGGGAACAGUUUAAAGCAUGCUUGUGGAAACAACAUUUGUCCUAUUGGAGAAGUCCUUCAUACAACUUGAACCGCAUCUUUUUUGUGACUGCUUCAUCUCUUCUGUUAGGGAUACUGUUCUGGAAGCAAGGAAAGAAAAUAAAUAGCCAACAAGAUCUGUUCAAUGUAUUUGGUUCAAUGUUCUCUGCUGCUCUCUUCUUUGGGAUAAAUAACUGCUCAACAGUUUUACCAUAUGUGGCUACAGAGCGUACUGUUCUAUACCGUGAAAGAUUUGCUGGAAUGUACUCUCCCUGGGCCUAUUCUUUUGCACAGGUGCUAAUUGAGGUUCCCUAUUCAUUCAUUCAAGCUGCUUUAUAUGUGAUAAUCACAUAUCCUAUGAUUGGUCACUAUUGGUCCGCAUAUAAAAUAUUCUGGUCAUUCUUCAGCAUGUUCUGCAGCAUAUUAAACUUCAACUACCUAGGAAUGUUCAUUGUUUCCGUGACACCAAAUGUUCAAUUGGCUUCUAUAUUGUGUUCAUCUUUCUAUACAAUACUGAAUUUAUUCUCUGGGUACUUUAUGCCACGACCUCAAAUGCCUAAAUGGUGGGUUUGGAUGUAUUAUUUAUGCCCCUUGUCUUGGGCAAUGAAUGGGAUGCUGACUUCACAAUAUGGAGAUAUAAACAAAAAUAUGUCAGUCUUUGAGGAUGUCAAAACAGUUGCUACAUUUUUAGAAGAUUAUUAUGGGUUUCGCUAUGAUUUUCUGGGUGUGACUGCUGUUGUUCUCAUUGUCUUCCCCAUUGUAUUUGCCGCUCUAUUUGCUUACUGUAUUGGAAACCUCAACUUCCAAAGGAGGUAAAAAUAAAAUGAUGUAAAAGUAUAAAUGCAUGUCACUGCAGUUAUGUGAAUCAUUUGAGGCUUAAAGGA